AUGCUGAGAAGGAGCUUAAAGAACAAUCUUAUUCCCUGCUAUGAUUUCCUCAAGAGUCUGCUUUUUGAGAAUGAGAAAGUCAUUACAGCUUUAGGGCGCUCUCAAAGGGCUUUGUUAAGUAAUGGAACAAAGACUAUGGUUCCAAAUAUUGCACUUUUGAGAGAAGUUGGAGCACCUCCAUCCACCAUCUCUUUCUUGGUGAUUCGUUCUCCGUCUGUUGCAUUCAUUAAGCUUAGUAAGUUUGUGAAAGCUGUCCAGGAGGUUAAGGAAAUGGGUUUUGAUCCUUCAAAAUUUGCAUUUGUGCAAGCAAUCUUAGUGGUUUUGUCAAUAAAAAAGCCAACGUGGGAAUAUAAAUUUGAGAUUUUUAGGAGGUGGGGUUGGUCUAAGGAGGACACUCUCUUAGCGUUUAGAAGGUUUCCAAAUUUUAUGCUUUUAUCGGAUGAGAAGAUCACAAAAGUAAUGAACUUCGUUGUGAACAAAUUGGGACAGCCAUCAACGGAUAUUCUUUUGAAUCCUGUGGUUUUGAAUUUACUUGGAGAAGAGGAUUAUCCCUAG